AUGGAGGUAGCCAAUAGGUACAUAACAAUAAAGACCCAUAUAGACGGUGAACCCAAGGAGUCAGACUUUGAGCUCAGGACUUUAGCCCUUGAUAUAUCAGUUGACCCCGGUUCCAAUGAUAUUAUUGUGAAGAAUCUGUAUGUGUCAAUUGACCCCUACCAGCUAAACCGCAUGAAAAGUUUCAGCUCCUCACAGAAAGCUAUAGGCUUUGCAGCUGCCAUCACUCCAGGAGAAACUAUUGAUGCUUAUGGUGUGGCAAAAGUUGUGGCUUCUGGGAAUCCUGAAUUUGAGAAGGAUGACUUGGUUGUGGGGCUUAUCACUUGGGGAGAGUAUAGUGUACUAAAAGAAGGAAGCAUGUUUAGGAAAUUGGAUCCUUUGGGAUUUCCACUGUCUUACCAAGUUGGAAUUCUAGGUUUCAGUGGACUUACAGCAUAUGGUGGAUUUUUCGAAGUAUGCAAGCCUAAGAAGGGGGAGAAAGUUUUCGUGUCUGCAGCUUCUGGAUCAGUUGGGAAUUUGGUCGGACAGUAUGCAAAACUGUUUGGUUGCUACGUUGUUGGCUGUGCAGGAACCAAUGAAAAGGUAGCACUGCUCAAGGAAAAGCUCGGAUUUGAUGACGCAUUCAACUACAAGGAAGAGUCUGAUUUAAAGUCAACCCUCAAAAAGUACUUCCCUAAUGGGAUUGACAUAUACUUUGACAAUGUUGGGGCUGAGAUGCUAGAAGCAGCAGUUUCUAACAUGAACACUUUUGGUAGAGUUGCCGUUUGUGGCGUAAUCUCUGAGUAUACAGAUGCUGGAAAGAGAGCUGCACCAGAUAUGCUAGAUGUUAUAUACAAGAGAAUCAAGAUCCAGGGGUUUUUAGCAGCUGAUCAAAUGAAAGUCUAUUCGGAUUUUCUUUCCACCACCACAGAUCAUCUUCGUACUGGAAAAUUGCAUGCCAUUGAAGACAUCUCACAUGGUCUGGAGAGUGUUCCAUCUGCUUUCAUUGGACUUUUCUGUGGCCAUAACACGGGAAAGAAAAUUGUUGAGAUUGCAGAUGAGUGA